GUUGUCCCAGCUGUCACCCUCGUCAUUGUAAUUAACCACCUCAACCUCAUCUAGAACAGUCUGGUAUUAUUCCUCGUUUGACCUCAUACAACUCGUCAAAAUCAAAAGCAUUUCCCUCGAGCACUUCAACUUUGUUAAUCCUCUGAACUUCUUCAGUCCUUUUCAACUCUUCGAGAGCUGCAAAUUCAGUGGCAACGUCAUCAGGCGAGAUACGCUCUGGACCAGUAAGAAGGACAAACUUUUUCUUUCUGCCAGGCCAUGGAUUUAGGGAAGGAGUGGUCGUGCACACUGGUCACCCUUACUUGCUUCGCAUGCACGGCUUUCCUGAUACUGCGAACACUCUUGAAACGCGAAGGGCUGACUUGGUUGCCUAUGCCGCAUAACGCGUCUGUGCUAUGGGGUCACGAGAAGACAGUAUUCAGCAUGUCAGCAGGGAUGGCGUACGCUCAGUGGCUGAAGGACCUGAAUACGAAUGUUCUUAAGAUUCGAGGGGCGCUUGGUAACCGAGACCUCCUUGUUCUCGCGGACCCCUUUGCAGUGACGCAUAUCAUGCAACGGAGAAUCUAUGAUUAUCCGCACAGCAAUGUUGUACGGCCACGCAUCGCUCGACUACUUGGAAAGUCCCUUGCCUGGGUAGAGGGCGAACAAGAACACAAGCGAAUGCGACAGCUUGUCGCUACAUCUCUUGCACCUGAAGCGAUACGGAGAGGAGCAUACAACGUGCACGCUGCAGCUGAUACACUGCAAGAGCGUCUGCAAUCCCAUCUCGCCAACAAAAGUGGAUCAAUGACUAUCAACGUUAUUGACUGGACGAAUCAAGCAACAUUGGAUGUGAUUGGGCGUUUCGCUUUCGCACAUGACUUUGGCGGCGGAAUAGAUCAGGACGCAAGAAAAAUUCUUAGUGUUUGGAGGAACAUGGCUAAAGCUGCCAUCUCACGCAAGGGACUAUUUGUUUUAAUGAUCCUACGCCGAUUUCCAUUCCUCAAUCACCUGCCCUUGGAAGCGCUCCUGGCUCAAGGCAAUGUGCGCCACACAAUUCGAGAGGGGAUCGCGAAAGAACUCAUUCGGAGGAGUCAAAAUCUCGCAGUAGACGACACAGAUAGUAACAAUUUGCUAUCUAGGCUUGCAUCUGCACAUGAGGCUCGAUUGAUCACUAUGGACGAACUCAUGGAUCACAUAACGACGUACAUCUUCGCUGGCUCGGAGACUAGCUCUCAGACAUUAGGUUAUGCGCUUUGGGAGUUGGCGAAGGACCCGGAGAGGCAAUUCAGACUACGAGAUGAGUGCCUGUCAUACGCAGAGCCUCACAUUUCGUACGAUGAUAGUCAGACUAAGCUACCCUAUCUGGAUGCGGUGGUUCGUGAAAUCCUGCGAUUGCACCCUGCUCUAGCAUACAUGGAGCGGGUUUCUGUCAAAGAAGAUAUCUUACCACUCCGCCAUCCCCUUGUAACACCUGAUGGCAAACAGCUGCGGAGCAUCAAAAUAUCGGCUGGUCAGAUUGUUGUCAUUCCAAUACAUACGAUAAACCGUAUGGACUCGGUAUGGGGAGAUGGUUCAGCAUUUAGACCAGAACGCUGGUUGGAGGAGAUGCCUCCGCGCGAUAUCCUGUCCUCAGGCUGGUCUAACGUGAUGUCAUUUGGCGACGGACCACGAAAUUGUGUGGGAUUCCGACUUGCUCUCUUCCAGAUAAAGGUGUUACUGAUGACUCUUGUACGGCAUUUCGAAUUCCAGGACAGUGGGGCCAUUAUUGUUGAUAAGAUUGCGUCUAGUAUGCAACCGACUGUGCAAGGGCAAGAGGAGCUGGGCCCAUACCUUCCGAUCACUGUGACGGCUUUGUGAACUAGUUUGAUAUUUAUCUUGUAUAUCGCCCUGACUAUGUUCGUGCUACUCCGACAUCAAUGACGAAUUGUCAGAGGGUUUAUCGCCAAUAAAUCUACCGCAGCACUUCGUUCA